UAAGUUCUGUUUUUUUUUUUCCUAAUGUAAUUGAAACGGUGCGUUUCAGUCUCUGUUUCUUCUGCAUAUUCAGAGUCUCUCAUCUCCUUUCACAUAACAUAAUUCAUCCAUGUCUUGCAUAAGAUUUAAUCCCUGUCUAAAGUGGAUCUUCCAUGUCUCUUUGAUUUACUGUGUUAAUGACUCUACGAAAUCUUUUGCUUCCCUUCUUUACACAGAUCUCACAAGGCCUGUAGUUCAUGUUUUCAGGGGCAAUGCUGAGCUUAGAAGUGGAUAUCAGAUAUCUUCCUAAGUGCUUCUUGUAAUCGGAGUGCUUAGAAUUUCCAUCAUUGUUUUCUCAAGCAAUUAUGCUGCCUCAAAAUGGUGCCUGCAAGAGUUGGAAAACAUAAUGGAGUGUUCGCAGAACUACAUUUCAGAAGAUUAUAUUUUCUUCCUGAAUCUCUCUAUCUCCGGUCGAGAACCUCACGGUUCGUCAGCCUGCAACUACGACGAUGGCGACACAACCACUUCUUCCUCCGGUUCACCUCCCAUGAUACAGGCUUCAUGAACCAACCAUGGCUGCCCCCUUUUCCUGACAACGGACGAGGAAGCGACGCAGACUCUUCUCCCUUCUCCCGCGACUAUGUCAACGGUGACAAGGUUAACUCCGACACAAUCCUUCUUCUUUCGCUUCCCCUCUCGUCAGUUAGCAUCUCCGCUGAGCCCAGCACCACGCCGCUGAGCAAUAUCAGAGUCCAACUUCGAUGGAUAUCAUGGAAACGACGGAGACAAAGGCAAUUUUUCCCCUUCAUUUUCAAUUCUUAUUUUUGUUUUGUUUCAUCUUACUAGGAUACAAUACAGCUGCUGGAUUGAGGGAACAUAUUUUACUUGUAAAAAUUGCAGUUUUCUCUUUAGACAUCCAAGUCCUUUUAUUUGUGUCCUUUGCCAUUUGAGAAAUUUAGAUUGCAAAUCUUGCUCUGUUUCAUUUGUCUUUUGCAUGAUAUUUACCCAUGACACCAUUUCCCUAUUAGAACCGCUCAAGCUUUUGUUUUUUAAUAAAUAUUUGGUCCUCUACUUGCACUCUAGAUCAUUUGAGAGCAAAUAAUACCACUCUAGCAUGAACUAAAGAUUAAUUUUUUUAUCUAUGAUUUUUUCUGGAAUCUCUCAAAUAAUCUGUUGUAAGAGUAGUUUUAACUUAUCCUCACAAAUGGAAAAUAGCAACUAAUCAAGGGCUCCCUGAUCUGAUUGUGGUCAAAAUGCUUCUCAUUAGAAGUUGAACUGAUAUUAGAUGCUAUUAUUAAAUAUUUCAUAUGAUGUCCAUCAUAACCAUAGGUUCAGGAUUUUAAUCAUAUAUUACUAUUUAUAAUAGGCAGAACAAUGCAUUCCCCCUUUGCUUUUAGUUGCGCAGAUGCCAAGUUGUAAUCAAUCAUAUCUCUUCCAAGGUGUUGAACCUGGUCCUCCCUACACCAUGAGAUCAUCUCAUUACAAAUGCUGCUAAAUUUAAUUUAUAUCUAGACAUACAUCAGAAGUCAUUUUAAACUGAUUAAUAACAUCUUAAAUUUGCAUCUAUUUCUAAAAAUAUCCUAUUUGUAGGUAAAAUGGUUCUACUGGAUAAAUUACUUUCCAAACUAAAAGAACGGGGUUCCAGGGCACUUAAAUUUACACAGGUCGGUUCUAUAUAAGAAUUAGAAUCUUUUCAGAUGGAUAUCAAUAACUUAUUUUACCUGGUGCAUUUGUUUCAAUUCUAGCUUAUUUUAUAUCUCUUCUACAGAUGACUAGGCUGUUAGAUUUAAUUGAAGAUUAUUUAAUGUUUCAAGGAUACCAAUAUUCCUGCAUUGAUGACAAUACUGAUGGAGAACAUCGUAAAGCUUCCAUGGCUGUUUUUGUUGCCAAUAAUCUUGCUACUGCUGACAUUGUCAUUCACGUGCCAUGCACGGGUAAUUAGGUGGUUUGGGCAUGUAUGGAAUUGGGCAUCAUGUAUUGGAAAGAGCUGUUAGCCAAAUUGGAAGUAAGGGACCAAAUGCCCUGCAGACCUACACACUACCGAGACUGGACAAGUCCAGGCUGUUAGAUAUAGAAGAUUAUUUAAUGUUUCAUGGAUACCAAUAUUCCCGCAUAGAAGACAAUAUUGAUGGAGAACAUCGCCAUGCUUCCAUGGCUGUUUUUGUUGCCAUUAAUCUUGCUACUGCUGACAUUGACAUUCUAUAUGACAGUGACUGGUUGACCUAUAAGCUCAAGAUCAGGUUCAUAGGAUUCGCCAGAAGAAAGAAGUUGAAGUUUACAUAUUCUGCUCAGAGUGAAAGCUCUUUGUUAGAGUGACGUGUUACAUGCUCAAAACCACAAGUUCUAGCUCAGGCUUGGCUAUUCAAUAUUUGCUCACAACAAAUAUCAUCGGAUGAAGAAGAACCUUUGGUGUUUAAAAAGAAAAGAAAGCUAGCAUCGGAAAAGCCGAGACAACGUGCAUCAUUUGAUUAAGAAGAAAUCAACGUCACAAAUGACAUUACUUCAGCAUAUGAAGAACAAAUUUUGAUUCAAACCUUGAGGACAAACACAUCUAAGAGAACCAAAGUUAGCAAUACAAACACCACAAGGAAGCCAAAAAGAUUAACAAGACAAAAAAAAAAUAGAGAGUAAUUCCAUGUGUAGCUUAUAUUUCAUUUCCUGCAAUUUACAUCAUGUAUUUGACUAUUUUAUUUCAAAA